AUGGUGCUGUGUUAUGAUGACAGAGAAAAUGAUCUCUUUCUCUGUGACACCAAUACCUGUAAAUUUGAUGGGGAGUGUUUAAGAAUUGGAGACAGCGUGACUUGCGUCUGUCAGUUCAAGUGUAACAGCGACUAUGUGCCAGUGUGUGGCUCCAAUGGCGAUACCUAUCAAAACGAAUGCUACUUGAGACAGGCUGCCUGCAAGCAGCAGAGUGAAAUACUUGUGGUGUCUGAAGGAUCAUGUGCAACGGAUGCAGGCUCAGGAUCUGGGGAUGGAGUCAAUGAAGGCUCAGGAGAAACCAAUCAAAAAGAGACGUCCACUUGUGACAUUUGUCAGUUUGGGGCAGAGUGUGAUGAAGAUGCAGAGGAUGUUUGGUGUGUAUGUAACAUUGACUGUUCUCAGACCAACUUCAAUCCUCUUUGUGCUUCCGAUGGGAAAUCUUAUGAUAAUGCAUGUCAAAUCAAAGAAGCAUCAUGCCAGAAACAGGAGAAAAUUGAGGUCAUGUCUUUGGGUCGAUGUCAAGAUAACACAACUACUACCACAAAGUCUGAAGAUGGACAUUAUGCAAGAACGGAUUAUGCCGAGAAUGCAAAUAAAUUGGAAGAAAGUGCCAGAGGGAUCUAUAUUCCUUGUCCAGAACACUACAAUGGCUUCUGCAUGCACGGGAAGUGUGAACACUCAACUAAUAUGUUGGAACCAUCUUGCAGGUGUGAUGCAGGCUACACUGGACAACACUGUGAAAAAAAGGACUACAGCGUUUUAUAUGUGGUUCCGGGGCCAGUACGGUUUCAGUAUGUCUUAAUAGCAGCUGUGAUUGGAACCAUCCAGAUUGCUAUUAUCUGUGUAGUAGUCCUCUGCAUUACCAGAAAAUGUCCCAGGAGCAACAGAAUCCACAGACAGAAGCAAAACACCGGACACUACAGUUCAGACAACACAACAAGAGCAUCGACCAGGUUAAUUUAAAGAGUGCAUGUUUCCACAAUGGCAAAAGUAACUGCAGAGAGCUUGGACUACAAAAUACAGUAUUAUAGACAAAAGAUUAAAACAAGAUCUACACAUGUUGCCUUGCAUUUGUGGUAAUCUACACCAAUGAAAACAUGUACUACAGCUAUAUUUGAUUAUGUAUGGAUAUAUUUGAAAUAGUAUA